AUGAUGGAACAGCUCAAGAUUACGCUUGCUGGAGCCCCGUGUGCGCCUUUUGUAUCUGAGCUGAGUGGUGUAGGUCUACGUGCUACCCAAAAAAUUGUUACCCAACGCAAGUUGUUCAGAGAGGAGCCCAUUAUUGGUGGACAGUAUUCAUGGGGCAUUGUAUAUGGGUAUGAAGCCUGUCAUCACUGCCUGAAAUCUCUUGAGACUCCUGUAGGAAUGGUACAAAGACUCUCUAAGGAUAAAGAAUUGACAUUACCAAUAGCUGAUCACAUGCCUUCUGUUGAUGUUUCCUCGUUUGCUUUUUGUCCAGGUUGCAAGGUUAUGUUCUGUUCUGAUGCAUGCUUGAAGACAGCUCUGGCUCAAUACCACACUCCAGUUUGCACUAAUGGUGAGCCAGAUCAUCCUCUGGUUAAGUUAGAUGAAUUGUGGAGAAACAUGCACUAUCCCCCAGAAACAACAAGUUUAGUUAUGAUCAUCAAGAUUAUUGGACUCUCAAUUACGUCAGGAAAAAUACCAGAAAUCUUUGGAGAAUUUUAUCAAGCAGUCGAGAACAGGGGAAAUACUCACAAAGUUCUUAAACCAGAAUUUAUAUCACAGUUGGACCUACUUCGAGAUGGGCUACUUCAAAUUUUUGGGAGCAAUUCUCUUGUUCAGCAGCUUCUUCUCAGAGAAAAUUUCAUAUCCUUGAUAGCUCUGAUAGGAAUGAAUGGUCAAGGAAUAGGAACGUCAUCAUUCGCAGACUAUUGUAAGCGAUUAGAACAUUUGCCCUUAACAAAAGACGACAAGGAUAACCUUGAUAGACGGAUAGAAGUGUUGUACGAUAAGAUAGAUGAGGAAGUGGGUAGAUUCACUGACGUGGAGGGAACUGGACUUUAUGCUCUGCAGAGUAAACUUAACCACAGCUGCGAUCCUAACGUUCAGAUCGUAUUCAGCUCUAGUAACCACGAGUUGAGUGUAGAAGCUUUGAGGGAUAUUCCGGAGGGAGAAGAACUGUGUAUUUCCUAUCUGAGCUGCUGUCAACUUGAGAGUUCCAGACAUUCCAGAAGAAAGUUCCUACUCGAGAAUUAUCUGUUUGAGUGCGAGUGUGGGAAGUGCAGAGCUCAAAUUAACGACCCAGAUGUUACAUCAGAUGAAGAAGAAUACGACAGCGAUGAAGGAAUGGAAUGUUAAAUUGAGAUCAUAUUUCUUCAAACUGUCUGAGCUACAAGAUGAUCUUGAAAUCAUCAUCCCUAAUUUUUAGCUAUUUUAUUAUUAUUUCUGUUUUGAAUGGUAUGAAAUCGGUUUUUAAGAAGUACAUGGCUUAAUUUAUUUAAUCUUUACUAGUACUGCAUCUUUUACUUUCAAUUUUAUUUCUUAUAUU